UCCUUUCCGCAAAUGAUUUGUUGGCUUACCUUAUCCCCUUCCUCAUUCCCUCCCUCCUUCUCUCUCUCUCUCUCUCUCUCGUCAUCUCCAGGCUUCCAUCUGCCAGCAUAGCUUUACUUAUCUAACUAACCAGAACAGAACACGAAAAAUCUAAAAUCUUUCUACUCACCAGUUCCCGCAACUACAAAUUCCUCGCACCAAUCCUCCUUCCUUGUUAUUUAGUUUUUCAAGCUUUACCUCAAACUCGCUCAUCUUCUUGUCUUCUGAUUUUGAACUAGAAAUGGCAGCACCGUUAUGCGACUCGUCUUCGGUUAACCGCUUAUCCUCCAUUUCGUCUUUUCCUCCAAACUCUCUUGUUGCCAAUGAAAUUUACCAUGGGAAAACUAGACUUGUUACCUCGUUUUUUGGUGCAAAAUCACCAAAAAUGCUCGGUUCUGCAGCAAAGACAUGGAAAUUGGAGAGGAGUAGAAGACGGAGGAUGGUUGCAAUGGCUUCAUUAGGAGGUCUUCUUGGUGGAAUAUUUAAGGGGACGGAUACAGGGGAGUCCACUAGGCAGCAGUAUGCUCCAACUGUAAGACUGAUUAACGGAUUGGAAACGGAGAUGUCUGCAUUGUCUGAUUCGGAAUUGAGAAACAAGACUUCUGUCUUGAAGGAGCGGGCCCUGAAUGGAGAAUCCUUGGAUUCUCUAUUACCUGAAGCAUUUGCAGUAGUCAGAGAGGCUUCUAAGAGGGUUUUAGGACUUCGUCCCUUUGAUGUGCAACUGAUAGGUGGCAUGGUGCUUCAUAAGGGAGAAAUCGCUGAAAUGAGAACUGGAGAGGGAAAGACACUUGUUGCAAUUUUACCAGCUUAUUUGAAUGCAUUAAGUGGGAAAGGAGUUCAUGUUGUCACUGUCAAUGAUUAUUUAGCACGAAGAGAUUGUGAAUGGGUUGGUCAAGUUCCUCGUUUCCUUGGUUUGAAGGUUGGCCUAAUCCAACAAAACAUGACGAGUGAACAAAGAAGAGAGAAUUAUUUGUGUGACAUCACAUAUGUCACCAACAGUGAGCUCGGUUUUGAUUACUUGAGAGAUAAUCUUGCCACGAGUGUUGAGGAGCUCGUCUUGAGGGGAUUCAAUUACUGUGUAAUUGAUGAAGUUGAUUCUAUCCUCAUUGAUGAAGCAAGGACCCCUCUCAUCAUUUCUGGACCGGCAGAGAAACCUAGUGAUCGGUACUAUAAGGCUGCAAAAAUAGCUGCAGCCUUUGAACGAGAUAUACAUUACACUGUGGAUGAGAAGCAGAAAACAGUUCUCCUCACAGAACAGGGUUAUGAGGAUGCUGAAGAAAUUUUGGAUGUAAAAGAUUUGUAUGAUCCUCGAGAACAAUGGGCAUCAUAUGUGCUCAAUGCAAUAAAAGCAAAAGAGCUAUUUCUUAGGGAUGUUAACUACAUUAUACGUGGCAAGGAGGUGCUUAUUGUGGAUGAGUUUACUGGUCGAGUUAUGCAGGGGAGGAGAUGGAGUGAUGGACUUCACCAAGCAGUUGAAGCAAAAGAGGGUUUGCCCAUUCAAAAUGAAACUGUAACCCUGGCAUCAAUUAGCUACCAAAACUUCUUUCUCCAGUUCCCAAAACUUUGUGGAAUGACUGGUACUGCUGCAACUGAAAGCACAGAAUUUGAGAGUAUAUACAAACUUAAAGUUACAAUUGUGCCUACAAACAAGCCCAUGAUAAGAAAGGAUGAAUCCGAUGUAGUUUUCAGGGCAACUACUGGAAAAUGGCGGGCAGUGGUGGUAGAAAUUUCUAGAAUGUAUAAAACAGGUCGACCAGUGCUUGUUGGCACAACAAGUGUUGAGCAGAGUGAUGCACUGUCAGAACAGUUGCAAGAAACUGGAAUUCCUCAUGAGAUUCUCAAUGCAAAACCAGAGAAUGUGGAGAGAGAAGCAGAGAUUGUAGCACAGAGUGGACGCUUAGGAGCAGUUACAAUUGCUACUAAUAUGGCAGGUCGUGGAACGGAUAUUAUUCUAGGUGGAAACGCAGAAUUUAUGGCAAGGUUGAAACUACGUGAGAUGCUCAUGCCAAGAGUUGUUAAGCCAGCUGAAGGAGUUUUUGUAUCAGUGAAGAAACCUCCUCCAAUGAAGACGUGGAAGGUCAAUGAGAGUUUGUUUCCAUGCAAGCUAUCUAAUGAGAAUAUGAAGUUGGCUGAGGAAGCUGUACAGUUGGCUGUGAAAACAUGGGGCCAAAGGUCAUUGACUGAGCUUGAAGCAGAGGAGCGUUUAUCUUACUCUUGUGAAAAGGGCCCUGUACAAGAUGAAGUCAUAGCCAAACUGCGGAAUGCCUUUCUAGAAAUUGUUAGAGAAUAUAAGAUCUAUACUGAGGAAGAAAGGAAGAAGGUUGUUUCAGCUGGUGGACUACAUGUGGUGGGAACAGAAAGGCAUGAAUCACGCCGUAUUGACAAUCAGCUUCGUGGUCGAAGUGGUCGCCAAGGUGACCCUGGAAGUUCCCGCUUUUUCCUGAGUCUUGAAGAUAACAUUUUUAGGAUUUUCGGUGGUGACCGUAUCCAGGGCUUGAUGAGAGCUUUUAGAGUUGAAGACCUACCAAUCGAGUCCCAGAUGCUGACAAAAGCUCUAGAUGAAGCUCAGAGAAAAGUGGAGAAUUACUUUUUCGAUAUUCGGAAGCAAUUGUUUGAGUAUGAUGAAGUCUUGAAUAGCCAAAGAGAUCGUGUAUAUACGGAGAGGAGGCGAGCUCUUCAAUCUGAUAAUCUCCAAUCUCUUAUUAUUGAAUAUGCUGAAUUGACGAUGGAUGACAUCUUAGAGGCAAAUAUCGGCUCUGAUGCUUCAAAGGAAAAUUGGGAUCUAGAAAAGCUCAUUGCAAAACUUCAACAGUACUGCUAUCUGCUGACUGAUUUGACCCCUGAUUUGCUGAGAAGCAAGUGUUCAAGUUAUGAGGACUUGCAGGAUUACCUUCGUCUACGAGGUCGCGAAGCAUAUUUUCAGAAAAGGGACACUGUGGAAAAAGAAGCACCGGGCUUGAUGGCGGAAGCUGAGAAAUUCUUAAUUUUAAGUAAUAUUGAUCGUUUGUGGAAGGAACACUUGCAGGCAAUCAAGUUCGUUCAGCAAGCUGUAGGCUUGCGUGGUUAUGCACAGCGUGAUCCACUUAUUGAGUAUAAGCUAGAAGGCUACAAUCUCUUCUUAGAGAUGAUGGCUCAGAUAAGAAGAAAUGUCAUAUAUUCCAUAUAUCAGUUUCAACCUGUGGUUGUCAAUAAGGAACAAAUCCGGAAUGAGAAGUCAGCCAAGCUUGUCACAAAUGGUAGAGGCGCUAACAAAAAUGUCGAUCCAGUUGGUGCCACUGAGUCGUCGUCAUCAACUGCAACCCCUCAGGCUAGUGCCUAAGGAAGAAUUCGUACAGAAUUUGUAAAUGAUGGAGACAAUCCAAAAAGCCAUCUUGCUCUGUGAUACUUUGUAGAAUAUAAAUCUUCAACAUGCACGAGUGAGAAAUAUUUAUGUCUAUUUAACUGUACCAGAGCGGAACCACACGAUAGAAAUCAGGAAAGAUUGUAACAUUAACAAAGAACCAAUCAUUUUAUUUAUUUAUUUUUUUUUCAAUUUUAAUAAGAAAUUGGUAAAUA